UUGCCAACUAAAAAAAAAUCUAACACCAAAAAUAAAUUAGUGCCACACACACACAAGAAAGGAAAAAAAAAGGGGGAAAGUUUCCUAAAAAAUUGGUCUUUCUUCCCCAAAUUUGUCAUUCUUCCUCAAACAUAGGAAGAUUCAUGGCUUUUCUCUCUCCAACAAGUUCAUACAGUAACUGGGUAUUUUUCCCAAUUUUCAGAAGCCCACUAUUAUCUUUACCACCCAAUUUUCCAUCUUCAAUUAAUCGUAGUCCUUCUUCCCCAAUUCAACUCCACCGUUCAUUUCCCGGGCCCCCGUUAAAGCCCAACCGUCCGAUUCUCCGGUCAAGCUUGGUCCCACCUCCUUCCCCUCCCGGAAAGGAUCCUCAGCGCUUCACUGGUAUUGCAGCAACUUUUUCUAGGCUCUGGGACAAAUUGCAGAUAUUUUUUGCAGUUUUUUUCUGGAUAUCACUGUUCUUUUGGGCAUCUGCUAUGGAUAGGACGAAUUCAGGACGAGGAAACAAAAAAGAUCGUUUUUGAAAGUGACUGUGUAAUCAAUUUUGUGUGUACAUAGUCUUAGAGUAGAAUAUCACUAAAGAUACAUAUAAUUAUAUACUCAUGAUGGUUCUUCUGUCCAUUCUACUCUGCCUGCAUGUUUCUGUUAGUGUAGUGAAGAUUGUAAAAUUACACCAUGCUGCUGUGCAUGAAGAAGGUUGUGAUAGAGAAAUAGAAUAAUUCAUCAUCCAGGGAAUACAUUUAAGUUGGUAUGAAACUAUAAAUUUAUUUUCACUCAUAAAUUAAUCAA